AUGGCUUUUAGCUUUGGCAACGCCGCUGGCGCGAUGACCAACGACUCGCCGUCGGCUGCAGAGCCUGAGCUCGAAGUCAUUCAGACAGACUCUCUCGGUUUCCGUGCUCUUGCCGGAGACGCCAAGGUUCGCCUGACCUCAGCUUGGACGUCUGAGCCGCCUGCCACCGCAUCACUCCUCAGUAUCGCUUCGCGAAAAGGUCUCGUGGCUGCGGCCGGCCCCGACGGCGUGAUACUUGCGUCGACCGACUCGGUACGAAAAGCUUUUGAAGCUCCCAAAGACGGCGAUUCUGACAUCAGGAGCUUCAACCCGCAACUUAAUAUACCGCUGCCUAUGCGUGUUUCUCAGCUCGCAUUUAGCGCUGAUGAAGCACAUUUGAUUAUUUCGGCCGAAUCCGGCGGCGGCCUUGCGGUCUAUGAUGUGCAGUCCCUUCUGCAGGGAAACACACAAACCCUCUUCGAGCUUGGCACAAACGGGUCAUCUUUGCGGGUCCUUCUGCCGAAUCCUACGGUUGAGAAGGCAGAACUUUGUGCUGUCGUUGACGCCAAUGGAGAUCUCUAUAUGGCGAACCUCAAGGAGCGAAUUCUCAGUAACCCUCUCAAGUCCCAAGUCAGCAGCGUCAGCUGGAGCACAAAGGGCAAACAGCUCGUGGCAGGACUGGCGGAUGGAACCAUUUUUCAGAUGACACCUGAAGGCGAGGCCAAGGCGCAAAUACCUAAGCCUUCCGAUGUUGGCGAUUACCAUGGUUCCGCACCUCGCAAUUAUGAGGUUAAAAGACUUCCCGCCAAAUCUUCAAGACUUGCUCAUCAUCGCGUCCACGGCGUCUUCCGACAUUGGUCUGCUCAGCAGGUCCAAAACUCCCUAACGACUGACAAGGCCGCGUCACUCAUCACCAAUGUUUUCACGACCACAGAAAUGGCGGACGACUCAAGGCGGGCAACCCUGCCGAUGACGGAAGACUGGCAAAAUGCGAUUCCCGUCGGCUGCGCGCUUGACCUAUCCGCCAAGGACACGGUGUAUAAGCCUAUUCCUACCGAGGAAAUUGACGAGUCACCCGGCCCCGUUCCCGGAUACUGGGUUCUCACACACGAGGGUAUCCUCUGCUCUUGGUGGGUAAUAUACUCGGAGUCCAUCAAAGGUGGUACUACGUAUCCGGGAAUGGCAGCAGUCGACGCCUCACCUGCCACGCCAGCCCCAACGGCGGCAGCGCCCACGGCCUUGUCGCGAGCUAGCCCUGCAACUGGAUCAGUCUUUGGUUCCUCUACCCCGAGCGCGGCGCCCGCGUUUGGAGGAUCGUCCGCGCUAGGUUCCAAGCCUUCGCCUUGGGCCUCGGCUAGCCCCGCUACGCCUGCCGCUUCGAAGCCAAGCUUCGGGUCUAGUUCCUUCGGUACCACCCCAGCAUCCUCCACCCCAGCCUUCGGACGGCCGUCUGCAUUUGGGGCUUCGUCAACAGUCGGCGUCAAAACCUCGCCUUGGGCUACCGCCGCCACGUCUACAACAACUCCUUCAUUUGGGCAGUCUGGCUUCGCGGCUCUAGGGUCUGGAAAGAGUGUCUUCGGAGGUAGCCCAGGUGCAGCAGCGUCACCAGCCCCUUCUUCCGGUGGCUUCGCGGGCUUCGCGAGCAAGGGUGGUUUCGGGUCGCUCUCGUCUGGCACAGCUAACAGCUCGAGCAUAUUUGGUAGCAAACCCACAGAAGGCAACAACAGCCUUCUGCAGUCAACCGAUACCGCAUCAGCAUUUCCGCCUCCCCAGGCGACGGGUGCGAAUGGUGGCUCUGGUCUCUUUGGCUCGUCCACCCCAUUCAAGCUCCAGAGCUCGUUCAAGCCUGAUCCUGCUGCCCAAAAUGAAGCUGACAUGCAGCCAGAAAAGGCUGGCAACAGCAGCGGAGGGUUGUUUGGUGGUGGUCUAGGUAGCGCGUUCGGAUCUGCCCUGCGCUCGACGACUCAAAGCACCUCACCGGCCGAGGUGCCGCCCAGCAAGGAAGAAGAAAUGGGCGCCGCGACACCGGAACCAGAGCAGACCCCCGACUCCCCAACCCAAGAGAUUUGGUGGCUUGUUCAGGACCCUGAACCAGCUAAAGGUGAGGAACAUAAGUCAGCCGCAAAAACUCCACCGCAGAUCAGGGUUGACAACGAGGAUUUCCCUCUACCUCCAGAGUCCACAAGCAGAGCCGCCUACCCCCUUGGAGACUCGUCUUCAUCGGCAGGAACCGCCCCGGAAUCCGAGCAAGCACUGCCCAGCAGCAAGGCUGACGACGCGCCCCUUCCUCCCGAUUUCCUCAAGACCCCGCAGGCACCCCCAGCUGUGAAAGCGGAAGACGACGCCCCUCUGCCUCCCGAUUUCCUACAAGUUCCCGCAGCCGCCAAAUCCGGAACCGCCGCGUCGGACACCACUCCCUCGUCAAGCCUAUCCACCACGCCUUUGAAGCCUGUUCCGGAAUCGGCCAAGCCUAGGCCUACACUCUUCGGCACACCCAGCGAGGCGCCGUUGCCGCCCGAUUUCCUUCCCAGGUCUCAGCACCAACGGAUGCCUGCUGUACCGGCGGUCCCGGAACCGGACGAGGAGAGCGACCUGAGCGAGGAUGAGGCUGAAUCAGAAAGCAGCGCCGUAGACGUGGCCAAGGAACUGAGCCCGUCGACGACGGGGCUCAGCCAUACCCCUGGCAUGACGCCGCAGAGUUCAUUCGGGGGUGGUCUAGGCGGCAGUGGAUUCAUGGGGACCGAUCUUCCCACCGCCGGCGACGAAUCAGAGCCCACGCUCCCCGAGCCCGGUCAGACCCCGCGACCGUUUGGUCUAGAAGCAUCCCGGUCCGUCAGCGCGCCUGGGAUGGCCUCCCAGAUUCUCGGAGCCUCCAAGAAGCCGCAGUCCUCGCUUGGUAUGUCGAUUGUCGCCCGAGGCUCGGCAGACGAGGAAGCGAUCUUCCUUCAACAGAGGAAGCUGCGGGAGAAGCGGGAGGCGGAAGAGGCCCAGCCGCUCGUCGACGAGGAGGCGGAUGAGAUCCAGCGCAUCCUAUCGUCAGAAGUGGAAGGGACCCUCGAGAUCGAUCAGUUCAUGGCCCAUACCGAUGUUGCGCCACCCGCGCGUGAUAGUAUACCUUCUCAAGUAGAGGCGGUCUAUCGUGAUAUUAACUCGAUGAUCGAUACCCUCGGCCUUAACGCGCGAUCUGUGAAGGCGUUUGUGAAGGGACACCUGGAGAGGCCGAACGAGGAACUUCGGACGCAGGAGGACUUGGAGAUUGCCGAUGACUGGGUCCUUUGUGAGCUGGAGGACUUGUCGGAGAUCAUCGACGGGGAACUGGCCGAAGACCUGGCCGAAGGCCGGGUGCAGAAUGUGGAGGAGAAGAAGAAUGAAUGCAACGACCUCCUACGCAGCAUGACGAAGCUGCGAGCGAGACAGCACGAUUUGGGGCUCAUGUUAGCGAGGUUCGACCCGAAUCAGGCCGAGGCGCAUCGGCAUAUGCCGUUGAGCGCGGAGCAAGCGGCGCAGCAGAACGACCUCCGGCGGGAAUUUGCGCGACUGUCGAAGCUGCUGGCCGAGACGGAAGAGGCCGUCACCCUUCUCAAAACGAGGAUUGCGUCGGUGGGAGGCGCAUCGGGCAAAGGCCCGCAGCCACCGACGGUGGACGCGGUGAUGCGGACAAUCACCAAGAUGACGACCAUGGUGGAAAAGCGGAGCGGGGACGUUGACGUGCUAGAGAACCAGAUGCGGAGACUCCGGGCCAGCUCCGUCGCUAGUCGGGAGGGAACGCCCAUGACGCCUAAACGGGGUUCCGUUAUGCUAGUGGACGGGGCAGCGCUGAGCGGGACACCACGCAACCUGCGCAGCUCGCUCUCGGCGUCCCCUUACAAGGGGACACCGACCAGGAAGAAGCUUAGCGGGUUCUCAGAUGAGGAGAAAAAGGAACUGAUGGAGAAGAGGGCCAAGAAGCAAGCGAUGCUCGGCAAGCUCAAGUCGAUGGUGGAAGAGAAGGGAGUCACAGUCUGGACGAUGGAGGAGGUAGAAUAA